AUGCUGACAGCUUCCAUAGAAAGAAUUGAUUUAAUAGCUCAAGAUAUAGAACCAAUAAUUCAAAAUUGCGCUAACCUUACUUCCGAACGACAAAAACAUGAAACAAAAAUUGCCGAGAUUCGUGCACAAUCUGUAAAGAUCAAAGAAUCGUCUGAUAAAAACGCAAAAAUUACAGAAAAUUGCUAUCAACAAUUUGUUGAUAUGGAUAAACUUCUUGAUGGCAUUAACUUAAAGUCAAUCACAGGUCCAUGGCUAUUGUCAUCAGAUAAUACAUAUACAUACAAAUUUAAUCUUCAUUCAUUAAUUAAUAAUGGCCAAACAGUACAAUCUGAACCGGUUCACACAUCACAAAGCGGAUACAAAUUGGCACUUAUUUAUGGAGUAUUUCUUGAUGAAAAAAGUCAAAAACGUUAUCUAUCUAUUUCGUUUAUAAUUCUUCCUGGAGAAUUUGAUGCCAUUUUAUCUUGGCCAUUUCGAUUUCCAAUCACAAUCAGUAUACUUAAUUUGAAAGAAACAAAAAAAAAUAUUAAUCAUUCAAUCCCAUGGAACUUUCAAACAGUGGCAUUUAAUAAACUUAUAAACAAUACAAAUGUUCCGUUUCAAAUAUCACAGUUUUGUCUCGUUGAUACACUUCUCGACAAUACCAACACUUAUGUACAAGAUGGUUUGAUCUUUGUAAAAAUUCAUAUUGAUUUUAUGGAACCAUCUGCGAAUCCAACUCCAAAUAAAGAAGGGUUAAGAACAAUACAAGAUCCUAUCCAGACUAAUAUUUUACAAAAUAUGCUGACCAAUUGA